AUGUCAACAGCCGAGAAACUUAUAAGUCUUAUAACACUUCAACAAGACAGCUUAGAAACAACAGAAAAGGCCCACGUUAAUUUCAAAAAGUCGCCAAAGGAAAGAAUUACUGUAGGAUACGUACAAGGGCGGCUAGAAACAUUGGAAAAUAACUACAAGGAAUUCAAAUCCAUCCAUCAAAAGUUGAUAACCGCCGUUUCAAAGGAAGAUAAAUGCAAAUUAUCCUAUUUUACGGAAGAUCUAUACGACACGUUUGAAGAACGUUAUUAUAUAUAUAAGGGUGAAUUAAAGACAGUUUUGCUGAAGUUUAAUGCCGAAACAAGAGACAGCCAAAUUACAGAAAAUAGUUCAGGCAAUCAAGCGUCAAGCAGUGAUAUAAAAUUACCCCGUAUUACUAUUCCGACUUUCAGCGGUGAGUACACGGAGUGGCAAUCCUUCCACGAUUUGUUUAACACCUUAAUUCAUAAAAAUAACUCGCUAGAUGAUGUGCAACGCAUGCACUACCUCAAAGUUAACCUGAAAGGUGACGCGGAAUACCUAUUAAGACAAUUUUCAAUUACCGCCGAAAAUUACAAACAAGCAUGGACUAUUUUGAAGAAAAGGUACGAUAAUAAAAGGUACAUCGCAAAUUGCCAUUUUAAAAGGUUUUUUGGCCAGAAGACAAUUGUCAAAGAAUCAGCCACCGCUUUGAAACAACUGCUCGACACGUCUGUCGAAUGUCUGAACUCUCUCAAAAAUCUCGGUUUACCCAUAUCUCAAUGGGAUGCCAUUGUAAUUUACAUCAUUGUUUCAAAAUUGGAUACUGAUAGCCAUAAAUAUUGGGAAGAGUUAAUAAAUGGAGAAGAUUCAUCAGUAUUUCCAACUUUCGAAAGAUUGAAGUCUUUCCUAGAAACUCGGUUCAGAACUUUAGAAAUGGUAGAACCAGAUAAUAAGAGUUGGAAACCAGCCGCCUCAAGGACGUUCCAUGUCACAGCCAAUGAUGCUUGUUUAGAGAUACAAUGUGCAUUUUGUAAAGAAGAUCACUACAUUUUCAACUGUAAACAAUUCGCGAAGCAACCAUUAGAUGACAGAUACAACUUUGUUCGAGAAAACAAUCUCUGCUUUAACUGCCUCAUACCCAAUCAUGCAGUGUGGCGAUGUAGACAGAAGUCAUCGUGCCAAGUGUGCAAGAGACGUCACCAUUCAUUACUGCAUCGAGAUUCAAAACCGGCUGAAGAAAUGCAAGAAAACAAUAAAGUUGACAUGACCUUAGAUGACUCAAAGGUAGUUGCGCACGUUAGACCAAAUGAAGAAGCAACUGAGAAAAACAUUAUGUUAGCUACAGCGUUAGUAGAUGUAGCAUCGAAGUGUGGACCGUCGCAAGUGUGUCGAGCGUUCAUUGACCCGGGAUCUGAAAUAUCCUUCGUCACAGCUCGAGUUGUCGAGAUGUUAAACUUGAAGAAAACGACAAUUAGCGGAGUAGUCUCAGGAAUUGAAGAAGGUAACGUGUGCAUAAAAAAUAAGGUGGAACUACAAAUCUCGUCGAGGUAUGAGCCCGAUUUCGUCGUCAAGGUAAAUGCAUAUGUACUAAAAUCUAUUACUCGUAGCUUACCAGCUAGGGAAGUAAAUUGUAAACCGUGGCCUCAACUUGAUGAUGCAAAGUUAAAGUUAGCUGACCCCACCUUUAAUAUUCCGGGUAGAGUUGAUAUUCUUCUCGGUGCAGAGGUCUAUGGCAAAAUUCUUGAAUCUGGGCUAAUGAAGGGACCGGGCUAUUUAGUAGCACAAUAUACACGCUUAGGUUGGAUUGUGACAGGGGACACUAAUACAACUUCUUCCAGACCUAACAAACACGCGAGCUUUCAUGUUCUCCGCCAAGUAGAGGAAGACAACAAUCUUUUGAAGAAAUUUUGGGAGGUUGAAACAGAAGGUUAUACAAACAUGAAGGGAUGGUCAAAGGAAGAAGAAUUAUGCGAAGAUAUUUACAAAACAACUACAAAAAGAGAUGACACUGGAAGAUAUAUAGUACACCUACCGUUGAAAGAAAGCGUGGAGGAUACUGUGAAGUCAUGCGGAGAGACCAAACAGCAAGCAACCUUGAGAUUCAAACAGCUGGAAAGGAAGUUUGAGAAAAAUGAUCAUUUGAAGAAGGAAUACGCAAAAGUCAUACAUGAGUACCUGGAAUUAGGUCACAUGAAGAGAACUGAAGUGGAAGACGAUGAUGCAGCAGUGUACCUUCCACAUCAUGCUGUUAUCAAGGAGACUAGAGACACUACGAAGGUUCGUGUUGUUUUUGACGCUUCAGCAAAAGGUUCUCAUGGCGUCUCAUUAAACAACGCUAUGAUGAUAGGGCCCACACUGCAGCCGGGCUUACGAAGUCUAGUAAUUCGCUGGAGAGCUCAUAGAAUAUGUGUAAUUGGAGACAUUGUUAAGAUGUAUCGACAGGUGUGGAUGACGGACAAACACACAGACUUACAGCGGAUCGUUUGGAGAGAUACACCUUCCGAAAAAAUGGAGAGCUACAAAUUACUUACUGUUACAUUUGGAACUGCUGCUGCACCUUAUCUCGCUGUUCGGACACUCAAUCAAUUGGCCGAGGAUGAAGCACACACUUACCCAAGUGCGGCAUCGGUAGUAAAAAACAGUUUCUACAUGGACGAUUUGAUGACCGGACAUGAGGAUAAGUUUGAAAUUAAGAAACUUUGCCAAGAGAUUAACUGUCUGUUAAAGGCAGGCGGGUUUGAAAUGCAGAAAUGGUCAAGUAACUCUGAAGAGCUCCUCGAGUUUCUCCAACAAGGGAGAACAUGUGAAGAACCUGAAAACAAAAUUGAAAUUAAAUUAGACAGGGUUAUAAAGAUAUUGGGACUUACGUGGGACAGAAAGAAAGAUGUUUUCAAAAUUACAGUAAACUUACCACAAUCUAGAAUCCCGACAACGAAAAGACAGAUAAUAUCAGAAGUCGCAAGUCUCUUCGACCCAUUCGGAUGGUUAGCUCCUGUAAUAAUAACAGCUAAGGUGAUGAUUCAACGACUAUGGCUAUAUAAUCUGAGCUGGGAUGAUGAACUGCCACCUGAAGUUGUCGAGGAGUGGCGAAAUUACCGUGAAAAGUUAAACGAACUUCAAUCAAUACAGAUACCACGCUGGAUCAAAAUAACUUCUCGUAGCAAGAAUAUUCAACUUCAUGGUUUUGCGGAUGCAUCUUCUGUUGCAUAUGCAGGUGUAGUCUACCUUCGAGUGAUAGAUGAAAAUGAUACUGUACAUAUUAGUAUGCUUGCAGCAAAAACAAAGGUAGCACCUUUGAAACAAUUGACUAUACCGAGAUUAGAGUUAUGUGCUGCAGUAUUGACAGCGAAACUUCUAAGAGAAAUGUCAGAUUUGUUACAGGUUUCGAUGGACAAUAUAUAUGCUUGGACGGAUUCAAUGGUAGUGUUGUCUUGGCUACAGUCUCAACCAAGUCGAUGGCAGUUGUUUGUCGGUAAUAGAGUAUCAGACAUCAUCCAACUCAUCGACCACGACAAAUGGAGACAUGUUCCGUCAACAGACAACCCAGCGGAUCUCGCUUCAAGGGGUGUAAGUUCAAGAGACAUGGCCGACAGUGAUAUAUGGUGGACGGGACCUAAAUGGCUUAAAUGUGAAAAAAUAGAUUUUGAAAGAACCAAAAUACCAUACACUGACCUCGAGAUAAAGAAGAUAUUUCAUGUAAGAUUAGAUGAUAAUCCAGUUUGGGAAACAUUCUCAUCUAUGUCCAAAUUGAAGAGAGUCUUAGCAUGGUGUUUUAGAUUUCGAAAUCAUACUGGUAACUCAAAUAGAGAAAGGUAUUUAACAGCAGCGGAACUCAAUAACAUCGAAAACAGAUGCAUCCAAUAUUAUCAAUGCCUGGUUUAUGACCAAGAAAUAGAAGAUCUGAAAGAAAACGGUAAAAUAAAGAACAAGAGCUCCUUGAUUAGUCUUGGACCUUAUUUAGACGAAAAUAACUUAUUAAGAGUUGGAGGGCGGCUUAGUAAUGCACAAAUAUCAGAAGAUGAGAAGCACCCUAUCAUUAUUCCUUGCAAACAACACAUUACAAGAUUAUUAGUAAAUGAAGCUCACAUAAAAACAUUACAUGGUGACAUACAACAGAUGAUGACAUACGUUCGCAGCAAGUACUGGAUAAUAAGUUUGAAAUCAGCUGUCAGACAAGUAACAAGAAAUUGCAAAAUCUGUAUAAUAGACAAAGCAAGAACACAACAACAAUUAAUGGGCCAGCUUCCUGCUUCAAGGGUUACAUCUCAUCGCGCCUUCUUGAAUAGUGGUGUCGACUACGCUGGACCUAUACAGUUGAAGACUUCCAAAGGGAGAGGUUAUAAGACUACGAAAGGAUACAUCUGCCUAUUCGUUUGUAUGUCCACGAGAGCUAUUCAUUUAGAAGCGGUUACAGAUCUUACAGCACAAGGAUUUAUUGCAGCAUUUAGAAGGUUUGUUGCCAGGCGAGGUCAUUGUGCUCACCUUUGGAGCGAUAACGGUACAAAUUUUACAGGAGCGGCCAAAGAAUUAAAGGACAUAUUUUCCAAAGGUAAAAUAAACAUAGCGAGUGAAAUAGCAGAGCUACUAGCUAACGAUGGAACUACCUGGCACUUCAUUCCACCAAGAGCACCAAAUUUUGGUGGUUUGUGGGAGGCUGGUGUGCGAUCAAUGAAAAAACACCUCAAUAGAGUAAGUAGUAAUACAAAAAUGACAUAUGAAGAAAUAUCGACAUUAUUGGCUCAAAUUGAAGCGUGCUUAAAUUCUCGACCUUUGUGUAAAAUGGACGAAACAUUAGCAACGUUAAGUCCAUUAACACCUGGUCAUUUUCUAAUUGGCGAACCCUUAAUCAACGUUCCUGAGAUAAACUAUGAAGAAAGAAAUGUGAAUUUGCUUACUAGAUGGCAGUUCAUACAAAAUAGAAUGCAAGAUUUCUGGCGUAGGUGGAAAGUGGAGUAUCUUAACACUUUACAACAACGAUAUAAGUGGCACGACACUGUGAAGUCUCCCUGUAUUGGAGAUAUUGUUAUUGUCAAAGAAGAUGACAUGCCUCCAACCAAAUGGCUAUUGGGUAAAAUUAAGGAGCUACAUCCCGGGGCGGACAAUUUAGUCCGAGUUGUUACUCUUCAGUGUAAGGGUGAUAAUGUCAUUAAAAGACCAUUAUCCAAAUUAAUUUUAUUGCCAAGUAAAAUGACAUAG